CCCGGAAACAACUAUAUAAAUUUUGAAAAUUGCAUCCCUUGAUAUUCUACUACAUCACACAACUACCUCGACACCUGUAUUCCAAUCAUUACGUACAUCUACAAACCAUGUACAUCAGUCUUUCUCAACUCCUCACGGCCACUCUGGCCUUGUCCUCGCCUCUGGCGUCGGCAGACUCAGCUGACACGGCUGAUACAUCUGCCAUGACCAGCAGCUGCUACCCCAGUGGAGGGUGUAAGACGUGCGAAAGUUCGAACAUGAUCAAUCUAGCCAAACACGGAUGCGAUUUUGCCUGGAAGAAUCCUCCAAGUUAUUUUGCUGGAAAAUAUGGUCACUGCACUUUCAAUGGCGGCUUCGAAAGUCGGCAGCAAUGCUAUGAUGCAUGGCAAUAUCUUACUGAUUGCCAUUUCAAGAACAAGAAGAAUGGCGCCAAGGUGGGUUUUCCAUCAUCCUGCUACAUCCUACUAGGUAAGUUAUUAACCAAUUCUCAUAGUAUACCUGGAAAAACAACGGCAAAGACUGCUCCGUGGACGUUAAUUUUUGCAGCUGUUCCUAAGUAG